AGCGGUGAAGCCUUUUGGGCGGGGCCUGGGCCGGGCAGCUCCUGAGGCCGAGAUUUCACAUCGGAAACAAAACAGGCGCUGCUCGCGAAGGAACCUCGGCUGCGGGCGGUCGUAGGAGGCGGCGGCGAGGAGGAAGAGUCUGCAAGUGACAGCAGCCUGUGAGGUCCUUGGGAAGCUCGGCCUGGAGGAGACACAUGAAAGAAAGAACCCCAAGAGGCCUUGUUUUCUGUGAAAAGGUAUUUCUGUACAGUUGCUCCAAUGACAGAGUUGCCUGCACCCUUGUCCUACUUCCAGAAUGCACAGAUGUCCGAGGACAACCACCUGAGCAAUAUUGUACGUAGCCAGCAGUUGUCUGGGGUUAGAGAUAAAGGCAUGAAGAUCUUUGUGGUGACGGGACCAUCCAGCGUCCAGAAUACAGAGUGGACACAGGGAGGCACAUCGAAUGACAGUAGAGAACGGCAUGAGCACAGCAACGAAAGGCGGAGGCGGGGCAACCCUGAGCCAUUAUCUAAUGGAGGACCUCAGGGUAACACACUGCAGGUGGUGGAACAAGAUGAAGAAGAAGAUGAGGAGCUGACACUGAAAUAUGGCGCCAAACAUGUGAUCAUGCUCUUUGUCCCCGUGACUCUCUGUAUGGUGGUGGUGGUGGCUACCAUCAAAUCCGUCAGCUUUUAUACCCGGAAGGAUGGGCAGUUAAUCUAUACUCCGUUCACAGAAGACACCGAGACUGUGGGCCAGAGAGCCCUGCACUCGAUUCUGAAUGCUGCUAUCAUGAUCAGCGUCAUUGUUGUCAUGACUAUUCUCCUGGUGGCUCUAUAUAAAUACAGGUGCUAUAAGGUCAUCCAUGCCUGGCUUAUCAUUUCAUCUCUAUUGUUGCUGUUCUUUUUCUCAUUCAUUUAUUUGGGGGAAGUGUUUAAAACCUAUAAUGUUGCCGUAGACUACAUUACUAUUGCCCUCCUGAUCUGGAAUUUUGGUGUGGUGGGAAUGAUUGCCAUUCAUUGGAAAGGUCCACUGCGACUCCAGCAGGCGUAUCUCAUCAUGAUCAGUGCCCUCAUGGCCCUGGUAUUUAUCAAGUACCUCCCAGAAUGGACUGCGUGGCUCAUCUUGGCUGUGAUUUCAGUAUAUGAUUUAGUGGCUGUUUUGUGUCCAAAAGGCCCACUUCGUAUGCUGGUUGAAACAGCUCAGGAAAGAAAUGAAACUCUCUUUCCGGCUCUCAUUUACUCCUCAACCAUGGUGUGGUUGGUGAAUAUGGCAAAAGGAGACCCAGAAGCCCAGAGGAAGGUAUCCAAAAACUCCAAUUAUAAUGAACAAAACACAGGGAGUGAGUCACAGAACCCUGUGACAGAGAGUGAUGAUGGUGGCUUCAGUGAAGAGUGGGAAGCCCAGCGGGACAGUCGCCUGGGACCUCAUCACUCUACAACUGAGUCACGAAGUGCUGUACAGGAGAUUUCCAGCAGCAUCCUAGCCAGUGAGGACCCAGAGGAAAGGGGAGUAAAGCUCGGAUUAGGAGAUUUCAUUUUCUACAGUGUUCUGGUAGGAAAAGCUUCCGCCACAGCCAGUGGAGACUGGAACACAACCAUAGCCUGUUUUGUAGCCAUAUUAAUUGGUUUGUGCCUUACAUUAUUGCUCCUCGCCAUUUUCAAGAAAGCAUUGCCAGCUCUUCCGAUCUCCAUCACCUUUGGGCUUGUUUUCUACUUUGCCACAGAUUAUCUUGUGCAGCCCUUUAUGGACCAGUUAGCAUUCCAUCAAUUUUAUAUUUAGCAGAUUUGUGAUGAGACUUCCAUGGAUUUUUCUCCUUUGACUAUAAUAAAAUCUGGGAAGAACAACGGUGAUUUUCCUGUGUCUACAUCUAACAAAGUCACAAUUCCCAGCUGGACUUUUUGUAGCUUCCUUCCACGUCUUCCUGACCACCUGCACUAUUGGCCAUUGGAAGGAGGUGUCUACAGAAAAUGGUUUUGAACAUACAUCAUGUGGUGGACGGAGUCCCUUGGAAAAAACUACCAGAUUUUAGGGACAAGGACAAAGAAAAAUGAUGGGCCAAAAAGUUACUGUGCUCUCACCAGCAGCUUCAGAGGUGGAUUCUACCAGCACUGCAGACUCUCAGGGCUGCCAUCAGCACGGUGUUAAAUGGAGUGGUUAAACCAAACAGGACUCAUCGUAAACGUGUGUAAACCUAAUCAGUCUGUAUUGAACUCUAAACCUUUUCAGGAGGUACUGUGAGGAAAGCAGGUACCAGCAGCAAAAUGGGAAGGUGAAAGGGGGUUCAAACUUUCACUCUCAAACUUUUUUUGCUGCAAACUUAUCAUUUUUUAAAUAAGACUUUUUUUUCACCUUGGGUCAAGUCAGAUGUGUAAGUUGAUUUUGACGAUUUUUGUUCUCAAGCACUGAAACUCAUUACCAUCUAUGGUUGCCAUUUCCUCCCAAGGCCAGUAUGAAUUUAUUUGAGGUUGCUUUAUCUCAAAAGUGUUAACCUCAGGUUCCAAGUUCAGUAAUUUCUGGAAAUAAUGGAACUAUAACAACGAUUCUCCAUCACCCUUAGGUAAUUCUGGUUUUGCCCCCAAAUUCCUAAUUUUUAGACAGACUUGUAGGUUUGCUUGCCCUCGAUGCCUUCUUUGUUCCCCGUCUCUCCCUUCACUCCCCCCAUACACGGUUCUUUCAUAAGACAGCUCUGUUGUGGAAGCAGACGAUCCGUUAUCUAGGAUUUCCUUUGUGUGGUGCACAGAAUGUGUUAUGAAUCAGUGCUGUCAGCCUCGCUGUCAUAAUUUCUCAGUAGCAAAUACAGUGUGUGCCCAAAGACAGUCGCAUUAAAGAAGAGGAAAUGGGUGGUGAAGCA